GAAAAAAAUUACAAAAAAUGUUCCACCAGGGUGUCCAUCUUCUGCCUAUAGAACUUUUCAGUGUACAGGAGAUUGAGGUUCAUUUACAAACAGCUGCUUGCUGAAAGCAUGCUUUACAAGAUAUGAAAGCAAUAUUUCUCUUUCAUUAACAUUUUCCGCUUGGACCUACACUAAACAAUUUGAUCUGAAAGUGAAAAGUUAAGUUUCACAGAAAAAAUAAUGCAGCUAAUCCAAAACUCAAAAAAGGAAUAUUUGAAACAGUAAAUUUUAGUUUUGAAUUAAAGAAUUAAAAAAAAACAACACCAAAUUUAUACAUUUAAAAAAGUUAUGCAAACUUUAAGGUGAUUAUUAAAAAAGUGUAAAAGAAUAUUUUUGUAAAAGAUAAAAAAAUUGAAUGUUAUUUCGUGACAUAUUUUAGUAUUUAACAUUAACGUGUUUUAACUUUUGUUUUGUCGAAUGAAAAAUCUUUCCUUCAAACAAACAAACACGGUGCAGAUUUUGCUCCAUAACAGCUGAUGACAUUUUCCGCUACUGACUUAAAAAAGUGAUACCAAGACUUGCCAGCAGUAGGCGUCAAACAGCUAUUCUACCUGCUAUUGCUGUUGCCGCUAGAGGGCAGUGUGUUCUAGGCCUAUGGCUCGGCGUUUUCCGGCAAAACUCGGAAGGUAACGGUCGGACGUUCAAAUGUUCGGCCGCAUCGGCUCCUCGCAGAGAUAGAGCUGAAGAAAGCCGUGAAGAAAGCAGGAGAGAGGUCCCUGGAGCAGAGAUACAGAGUCCUAAAGCGGGAUGACAGUGCUGCAGGAACCUGUCCAGGCCGCGGUGUGGCAGGCACUGAACCACUAUGCCUACCUGGAUGCAGUUUUUCUUGCCGAGAGACUCUAUGCUGAAGGUAACAUGUCCCGCUGGCAAGCCAAGAUUCCUCCUACUUGCUCACCUGUCUAUCUCCCCCCUGGCAGUGAGGUCAGAAGAGGCUCUCUACCUGCUGGCUACCUGCUACCACCGCUCAGGAAAGCCCUACAAGGCGUACCGGCUGCUAAAAGCUCACAGCUGCUCCACGCCACAGGUUCGAUUCCUGCUGGCAAAGUGCUGUGUGGAGCUGAGCAAGUUGGCUGAAGGAGAGCAGGUUUUGGUUGGUGGCGUGCUGAACAAACAGAAGAAUCAGGAUGACAUUAUCACUGAAUUUGGAGACUCCGCCUCUUUCACUUUGUCUUUGCUGGGCCAUAUUUAUUGUAAGACAGAUCGGGCCGCUAAAGGAGCAGAGUGUUUCCAGAGAAGUUUAAGUCUUAACCCUUUCCUGUGGUCACCUUUUCAAAACCUCUGUCACCUAGGAGAAAAGCCGGACCCAGACCAAAUCUUCAGACUGUCUGCUCUACAGAUCUCCUCAGUGGCCAUCCCCCCGUCCUCUGUAAGCCCCGCCCAGAACCUUUCUCAUCGUCUUGACACCGCUUUAAUGGAGACGCCACAAGACACACUGGAACUCAAUCGUUUGAACCUGGAAUCGUCUAACGGGAAGCUGACGUCUGAUUUGUCGGUUUCCUACAUCGACUCCUCCCUUAUCUCUCCGGAAACCGGCUCACUUUUGGGUAGCACUGUUUCCAUGGCAACAGCUGGCUCCAUCCUGGUUAAACAAAACAAGCCAAAGAGUGGAAGAAGUUUGCUGGGGGGCCCAGCAGCGCUCAGCCCCCUGACUCCCAGCUUUGGCAUCUUGCCACUGGACCCCAGCCCAGGAGAACCCACAUACCUGCAGAACUUCUCGGCUACCAUGGAAACACAGACUACAACUCCCAGCAAGAAGUCUGUGUCCAGGAUCAGUCAGUCCAAGUCUGUCUUCAGUCAGAGUGGAAACAGUAGAGAUGUUCUUCCCAUUCCCUUUAACCAGUCACAGACCUCUGCACCUCACACCAGUGGGUCCCCUCAGGUCCUUAGUCCUAGCAUGUCUGGCCCUCCUAAUGUUCAGCCCAGAAGAAGCUCGAGACUCUUCACCAGUGCCAGUUCAACUGCCAAGGAGAACAGUAAGAAGCUGAAGAUGAAGUUUCCCACCAAGAUCCCCAAUAGGAAGACCAAGUGUAAAUCUGCAAAGACCUCUAACAGCAGCAAUCUGAACGAAAGUCUGGACAUCCUGCGGCUGGACCCCAGUCUGAGCCUGCCGGAUGCCAGGAUUCCCCCCUACCAGCGGGCAGCUGCAGACAGUGUAAUGGCGUUGCUGAGAGACUUCGGGCGGGGCUACCAGGCGCUGUGCUCCUACAGCUGCAGAGAAGCCAUCAACAUACUAACCUCGCUACCCCCCCAGCACUACAACACUGGCUGGGUGCUUACUCACAUUGGAAAAGCCUACUUUGAGCUGGCCGAGUACACACAGGCAGAGCGUCUGUUCAGUGAGGUUCGACGGAUUGAGUCAUACCGGGUGGAGGGAAUGGAAAUCUACUCCACCACACUGUGGCACCUGCAGAAAGAUGUUGCCCUAUCUGCUCUGUCCAAAGAUCUCACUGAUAUGGACAAGAACUGCCCCGAGGCCUGGUGUGUAGCAGGAAACUGCUUCAGUCUUCAGAGAGAGCACGACAUCGCUAUCAAGUUCUUCCAGAGAGCCAUUCAGGUGGACCCCGGUUUCGCAUAUGCGUACACUCUAUUGGGUCACGAGUUUGUUCUGACUGAGGAGCUGGACCGGGCUCUCGCUUGCUUCAGAAAUGCCAUCAGAGUAAACAGCAGACACUACAAUGCCUGGUAUGGACUAGGAAUGAUAUACUACAAACAGGAAAAGUUUAACUUGGCAGAAAUCCACUUUAAGAAGGCUCUGAGCAUCAAUCCCCAGAGCUCCGUGCUGCUGUGCCACAUUGGAGUGGUGCAGCACGCCCUGAAGAAGUCUGACGCAGCCCUGGAGACUCUCAAUCGAGCAAUCGGCAUUGACCCCAAGAACCCUCUGUGCAAGUUCCACCGAGCGUCCAUCCUGUUUGCCAACGACAAGUAUAAGGCUGCCCUGCAGGAGCUGGAGGAGCUGAAGCAGAUUGUUCCCAAAGAGUCUUUGGUGUACUUCCUUAUAGGAAAGGUAACUCCUGCUCCAUGUUCUUUAUGCUGAAACU